AUGCCGACCGGUAGGUCGGAAACAAGCACAGGCAACAGCAUGGCUGUGGAAGUCCCGACCGUCGCCGUCGGGCGCCUCCCCAUGGGGGCGGAGCUGGCACGUCGUGCCCAAGGUAGUAGAACCCCAGCCCCACACUCCUGUGAGCAUGGUGAGUUCUCGCUGAAGCUCCCCGUUCCCAGGACCGUUGGUCCCGUCCCCGGGUUGCGGCGCAAGCGCAGCGGCCCCCUGCCGUCUUCCAGCGAGCGGCCGUUUGGCAAGUUCAAGUGGGCGUUCUUGGAGACGUGCCGCAAGCUGAAUCUUGCGCAUCUUGCAAAGGCAUGCAAGAGAUUUUUCAAGGUUGCGGACGUCGGCGCUGGUGACAUCCACCAGUGGGCCCUCGCGGUUUCGAGAGAGGCUGACCAAGUGGUCGAGGGCGAGGAGGUCGUGUGGCCGGAGCCGGGGUGGUUGACAGAGAUGGUAAGUGACCAGCACAAUGACAACACCCUCCCCGCACUCCCAGCACAAUCGCUUAGUCGGCGCCCCUGCUGCCGCAGCAAUGGGCACUGCCUGGUGAUGCUGGUUGGCUACCCCCAGCUAUAUUGCUUUGGCCUCACGUUGAGCUCUGCCCCCUGCCAUGCUGCCGUUUGA